AUGUGGCAAAUUAGAAACAGUACAAAGUAACAAAUGUCAAAAUGGAAAUGUGAACAGUUUUUUGAAUUGGUUUUAAUUUUUUAAACUUAAAAACAAUAGUUUUAUUGUGAAUAAAAAUGUUUUAUUUUUGUGUUGUCAGGCCAUCUGAAAACCGUUCACAUAAUUUUCUUUGAUAACCUGUACAUUACCUUUACUGUACUUAACCUGUACUGUCCUUUAACUAAUACCCAAAUACUGUUUACCCAACAUUAAGAAUGUGAGCAGAAAGGUUUACAGAAGAGAAAUGAAACCCUUAUCUCAGCUAUUAGUAAUAAUUCCACAAAUUAGGUAGCAUUUUGAAUGAAAUGCAGAAGUGCUUUGCAGUACUUCUAUUGCCACCUUAUUUUCUGAUAUGUGCAGGGCAUCCAAAACACAGUCACGGCAAAAAAGCCAACAGCUGCAAUGAGUACUUGAUGUUAAGUGGUAUCGAUGAGUCUAUCCGUCAAAGUUCCUUUAUGUCACAUUUGCUAUUGACCUUGAAAACACUUUGAUAAAGAUGGAGUGAUAACGAGGGACUUUUUUUGGGGGGGGGGGGGGUGAGGGGGCACACUUCUUCUGCUGACCAACUCUCUCCAAAGAAUAAACCCCACCCCAACAUUGUGUCGCUGCUUUACCAAGUCCUCAGCUGAUCAAUAUAUAAGGUAUCCUGACAUAAGCAGUGGACACACAGUGAAGGCACACACAACCACACUGACCUCUGUCACAUCAGACGUCGGUUAGAAAUCCAUUUGUGUUCAGACCGUCAUCCAUUUAAGCGCUGCCAUGUGGAAGGACUCCAGCAAUGGUAAGAGCAAAUACAGUACAUUGUGCUUUUUUUUGGGGGGGGGGGGGGGGGACAUUUGUCUUUUCUUGCAUCCCAAAGCACAGAAAAACAUUAGUUUAUAUGCACGUGGUGUGGAUCUCAAGUCUUGACCAGCGUGUUUAGUAUUAGGAUGUUCAAUAAGGAUGGGCGAGAAGUUGGCAAUAUAUUGAAUUGUUCGAUUUUUAUAUGUGGGUGUCUAAAAACCCUUUGCAACCUUCACUUUUCUUGUGCAUUAUAAAACUGCAAGCAUUCAGUUCUUUCCGCUGACAUUUCAAUGAUUUUCCAUAUUUUAUGCUAGAUCUGUUUUUUUCAUGGCUUCACGAUGCACAUUAAAAAAAAGUUCUAAUUUAGCAGUGAUAAAUAUCAGACAAAUUAAGUUUUGAUAUGGAGCUUCUCUGAUGCCAUUCCCCCCCUAUUCAGAUGAUGCCAGACCCACGGCCUCCAGCAGCGCCUCGUCUCGCAGCGCCAGCCGCAGGAAGAGGACCAGCUUCUCCAAAGAGCACGUGGAGCUCCUGCGGGUCACUUUCGAGACCGACCCAUACCCCGGCAUCAGCCUCAGAGAGAGCUUGUCUCAGACGACAGGCCUUCCAGAGUCCCGCAUCCAGGUUUGGUUUCAGAACAGGAGAGCUCGAACGCUGAAGUGCAAAGGGGUCAAGAAAGGCCUGUGGCAGACUGACAGUCCAAUUCAAAAUGCUCAAGCUCCACAUCAGAGUGGGCAAGUCUCUUUGGGGCGAGAGGGCCCCCCGCCGUGCUACCCCACACGGGUGAAAGAAGAGAUGGAGGAGUCCUGUUUUUAUGGACAGUGUCCUCCAAUGUACCCCACUGUUGAGGAGCAUCAACACUAUGGCUCUAUGUACGGUCUUCAUCAGAGCACACCGCUGGGCAACGGCUCCAGCCCGCGCCUGAGAGGCUACUGGUCCCAGACAUGCGCCCUGACAGACGCAAUGACCCCGUUGUGGUCUCCUGCUGAGGGCCGCAGCUGCAGCUCAAGCGUGUUCGCCUUCAUGCGCCCAGAGCAACAGAACUACACGGCCCGCACCGGCUCUCACUCCACUAAUCCCGACACACCCGACUCGGGAUACUGGGAUGCCAGCCUCGACAAAAGCCCCCCAGCAGAGAGUCACUACUCACAGCUGGAUGGUUCGUGGAGUGUUCCGGAAGGUUGCAGGGGGUCUGGAUUUUCAUCAGUGGUUCAGCAUGCCCCCUUGCCUGAGUUGUCCCUACAGGAGAUCCUGGGGGAGCUGGAUGAGGACUGGCUGGGCGGGGAAGGAUUGGACAGCCACAGUACUCAUGACAAAAUGGCUCUGUGCUGAGGAUUCUCUCAGCGGACAUUUGAAAAGAAUCACAAAUCAUAUAUAGUCUUUGGUUUUCUUCUGUUUUGUGUUGUUUCUGAGGUGUGUGCAUGGUAAAAAAAGCGCCAACGUGUUACCAAUGGGAUCAGUAUUAUCCAAAGCCCUUUUCACGUUGCAUGUUAUCACUGUUGUAUUUAUUGAUUGCGCCUCUAUUUAUUAUAUUAUUUAUGUUUUUCUGCACUUUUAUAUAAAUAAAUCAUUUUAAAUAAAGAGCAGCACAUUUUUUUUUGUAUGAAUGUAUUUAUUGAUAGACAGUACAAUGCAUCCAUUCUCCAAUCAGCUUUAUACUCACAAGGGUCACGGGGGGUGCUGGAGCCUAUCCCAGCCGUCUUUGGGCAGUAGGCGGGGGACACCCUGAACCGGUUGCCAGCCAAUCGCAGGGUACACACAUAUGAACAACCAUCCUUGCUCACACUCACACCGAGGGACAAUU